AUGCACGUCGUUGAAUUCUUCAUUCCUAAAACCUGGUUGGAAGUUCUCACCUCUGCUUGGAAAAUUUGGUUUUCAUGUUAUGUCAAACAGGGUCUAUCUUACAAGCAAUUUAUCGUCUGGAUGUCUGUAGACAAAGACAACCUCCGUUCCUUUAUCGGCCACAACAAGUCCGCUCUUCGUACUUGCCAAAGCUGUGAACUCAAACGGAGCAUACCAGGAAUCGAUGCGCAACUGUUAACUUUACUCAAUCACUAUUCCGACUUCAAGCGCCACCUCAUCCACACAGUUAGCAAAGUGGAUUCCGGGGCCAUCAUCAAAGACAGGGCGCUCCUUUUGGUGCCAGUCGCAGAUGCUGACAUCCGUGGGAAAAACAAGUGUCCUUCACACGAAAUCAAACAGGAAAUUGAUCUGACGCCAUCGAUCGCCACUUAUGAUGAUCCUCACUUGGAAUCUACGGAGAAGCCGAUAAUGUUGUUAUAUGAUGUCGGGGCUAAAGUCAGAAUGGUCAUUUCGAUGAAAACAGGAAUAAAAGGUAUUCGAUGA